AUACCAAGGAAGUAAAUUACUAAUCUCGUGAAGUCUCGUUUAAAUCUUGCAUUCCAAUGUCUUUCGUAUGAACUUUGUCCAUUGCACAGAUGGCAUUUUCCAAAUCCCAAAUACCAUUCACAGCCCAGCACUAUUUGGUGUGUGGCACUGAAGACUGUGAGAAAAACUGCCAGUUUUACUGCAAUGAUUGUCACCAACCAAUGUGUGAACAAUGCAGAGAUGAACAUCAGAAGAGUCCAGAUACCAGGAAUCAUGAAGUGGUCCCUUACCAACAACGCAAAAGACAACUUCCUGAAGUUAAAUGCCAAAUCCAUGUAAACCGAUAUUUAGACAUGCUUUGUGAGCAAUGUCAAGUUCCAGUUUGUUCCAAAUGUGUAAUAAAAGACCAUGGCGGGCACACAUUUAUAGAUUUAGAAACAGUGUAUGCAGAAAAAUGUGCCAUUUGUCUGAAUGAAAUCAAUAAAAUUGAAGAUUAUUUCCUCCCAACUUCACAGGAUUUGCUUAAAUCCACAAAAACAGAUUCUACAGAAAUAAAGAAGAUUAUGGAGAGCAUACGCACAUCCAUGAGGGCCGAAGCAGAGUCUCUUAAAAGUAUGGUGGAUGCCAUGACAUCAGAUAAUAUAAAACAAGUCAAUGAACAAGAAAAGUCUCUCCUUCAGCUAUUAAAAUCCCAAGACAAAAAGUAUAAUGAUUACAUUUCUUAUCUGAACGAACUUGUCAAAAAGUGGCAUGGCUACCUUUCUUCUAAAAAUCUUCAAAUCCUUAAGAACGAAAUUACAAAGAAUCUUGAAAUAGACCCCAUACCAGAGACCACCAAACCAGUCCCUCCAGUGUUUACUGCUGGUCAAUACAGCAAGGAGGAUGUCACCAAACUAGUGGGUGGAGUAACUGUUCCAGAUAUAAAACCAGAGGUCAGAGAAAUAAAACCCAUGGAGAGUCUCGCUACACAAUUGAAACCUACAGAGAAACAGAGGAAACAAGACAGGGAGAAAUUUGACAUGAAACCAACACUGUCUCUGUCUUCCUCUGUCACCAAGGUCAGGGAGUACAAAGUACCAGGUGUUAACGAUGUAUAUCAUAUAUCACUAGGUAAAUCAGGCAUACUCUGGGUCAGUGAUGAUAAAGGUAACCUUGUCCAAAUAGAUUUACAGGGGAAUCAGCUACAGAAGAUACAAACCAGUGGUGAAUUUCAAGGCUACCACACAGUCACACAGGACGGGGAUCGGAUCUUUACUGACAAAGAGAACAAAGUCAUCAAUAGGAUAACAGUGGAUAAUAUAAUCACUGAAUUCAUUAAAACAGGAGACUGGAAACCAUUCAGCAUAUACUCCUCUCACAUCAACGGGGACAUACUGGUGGGGAUGAUAAAGGAUGGAGAGGCUAAAGCCACCAGGUACAACAAGACAGGAGAAGAAAUACAGAACAUACAGAGGGACAACAAAGGACAGGAUCUGUAUUACUAUCCACACUACAUCACAGAAAACAUCAACGGUGAUAUCUGUACAUCAGACUUAACCAAACAUGCUGUAGUGGUAGUAAAUAAAUCAGGACAACACAGGUUCUCCUACACAGGUCAGGGGUCAGAGUUUAAUCCCUUUGGUAUCUGUACUGAUCUCCUCGGUCACAUCAUUGUUUGUAAUGGUAUCGGUCAUACAGUUGACAUCCUGGAUCAGGAUGGUCAGUUCUUGUCUCUACUACUCACUCAUGAACAACAAGAAAUGAUAGGUCCUAGUAGUCUGUGUGUGGAUGAUGAGAACAAUCUCCAUGUGGGAAAAAAUCUUAGUAACAAAGUGACAGUGUACAAGUAUCUACAGUGAUCAUUAUCUGGUUCUGAUAAUGUGCUAGAAUGAACUAAUAUAUUGUUAAUAAACUGGAUUUUGUGUGAUAACUUAUUUUAAUAGUUGCAAUUUAUAUUAUAAGUUAUUG